AUGAUUGCAAGCUUGAGGGAGUUCAACCAACACUUCCAUACUAUUCCAAAACUCAAGAUGUCGGAAAUAAACCCUGCCUUCGUGCUCCACUCCAUCAAGAACGUCUCGUUCGAGAACCGCGAGGUGCCUAAGCUGCGCGAUGAGUACGACGUCCGCGUGCACAUUGAGCAGACGGGUAUCUGCGGCAGCGACGUCCACUACUGGCAACGCGGCCGCAUCGGCGACUUCAUCCUGGAGUCUCCGAUCGUCCUCGGCCACGAGAGUGCCGGUACCGUCGUCGAGGUCGGUAGUAAGGUGAAGAACGUCAAAGUUGGCGACCGCGUGGCGAUCGAGCCCGGUGUGCCGUGCAGGCACUGCAAUCACUGCAGAGCUGGCACUUACAAUCUCUGCGACGACACAAUCUUCGCGGCCACCCCGCCAUGGGACGGGACGCUGCAGAAGUACUACAUCGUCGCGGGCGACUACACAUACCCCAUCCCGGAACACAUGUCCUCCGAAGACGGUGCGUUGGUCGAGCCCGUCGCGGUCGCCGUGCAGAUCUGCAAGGUCGCGGAGCUGAAGGGCGGGCAGACCGUGCUCGUGUUCGGAUGCGGACCCAUCGGCGUGCUCUGCCAGGCGGUGGCCAAGGCCUACGGCGCCAGCAAGGUCAUCGGCGUCGACAUCUCCGAGUCUCGGGCGCAGUUCGCGAGGGACUUCGCGGCUGAUGAUGUCUACGUCUCCGAGAAGCUCCCGAACGCGCCGGAGGACCCCGUCGAGGCUGCGCGUGCAGUUGGAGAGAAGAUCGUCAGGGACUACGGCCUUGGGGAGGGCGCUGAUGUUGUUCUGGAAUGCACGGGUGCUGAGCCGUGUAUUCAGGCUGGAGUUUUUGCGGCGAAGAAGGGUGGUACUUAUGUCCAGGCUGGCAUGGGCAAGGAGAAUGUGGUUUUCCCCAUCACUACCGCCUGUAUUCGUGCCUUGAACAUCAAGGGAUCCAUCAGAUACACCACCGGAUGCUACCCUGAAGCGGUAAACUUGGUGGCGUCAGGAAAGGUCAACCCGAGAAAACUGAUCACGCACCGCUACAAGUUUGAAGAGGCGGUGGAAGCAUUUGAGGUUGUGAGACAGGCGAAGGAGGAUACACUGAAGGUUGUCAUCCAGGGAGUGCCAAAAUAG